AUGACUAUCAUAGCUGGAAAGUUGUGUCCCAGACUAUUUAGAGUCACCACCAACCACCUGAUGCUCAGCCUCACUAUCUCGGAUCUAUGUGUGGGUCUCGUGACACUCUACAAAGUGGUUGCUUUCUUCGAACCGUCGUUGAAUCACUACAAGAACGUGUGUAUAUACAAGCAAGUCUGUUCCUGUGGUGCCCUUUUGACAAGUCUCUUCAACAUCAUGGCAAUAGCUGUUGAUCGUUACAUAGCAAUUUAUUAUCCUCUUAAAUAUCCGAGAUACAUGACCAAGAGCGUAAUAAAAGUUGUGGUGAUGGCCAAUUGGUGCACAGCUUUUUUUAUAUCUUCGAUGCCCAUUUACUGGAACAGAUACCAGUCGACGGACAAAUGUGAAUUCGUGACUGUCGUUCCCAAGUGUGACCUUAUNAGAUACAUGACCAAGAGCGUAAUAAAAGUUGUGGUGAUGGCCAAUUGGUGCACAGCUUUUUUUAUAUCUUCGAUGCCCAUUUACUGGAACAGAUACCAGUCGACGGACAAAUGUGAAUUCGUGACUGUCGUUCCCAAGAACUACUACAAUGGAAUUAUUGUACCAGCGUUUUUAAUAAGUUGGAUCAUUGUUCUCAUAUUUUACUAUAAAAUAUGGAGGGAAGCUCGGGCUCAUUUGUACCGAUUAAGAAAAAGAUCCAAUGAACUUGGCUUGACCCGAAAGUGUGAUAGUAGUAAGAGCAAUCAGGUCGUGCUUUCAAUCCUGGGUGCCUUUACGAUCUGCUGGUUUCCCUACAUUAGCUUUUCACUUUUUUUACAAUUUCAUGAACUUACAGACACUAGUCUUAAAGUGUAUCAAAUGACUCUGUUUAUGAUGAUAUUAAACAGUGGUAUUAAUCCAAUAAUCUACACGUGGAAUAAUCCAAACAUUCACAAAGCCAUUUGUCUCUUAAUAAAGUGUCAAUCGCCGAUUCGAGACGAAAGCUCUUCGAACCAUCAAUCUUUUAAACAACAGCGUGGUGAAUCUAUCGAGUUUGAUGUUGUAUGA